AUGUCUCCAAGCGGAAAGGGAGCACCCUCUCAAAAUGGACUCUUACCAAUGCCCACGGCCAUUCUCCAGAAAAACGCCCCUCAGAAGCCUCCAAAACCCGCGUCGCCGAAGCUCAAGAUCGUGAUCCGUCGACUCGCCCCGGGACUUACUCAGGAUGAGUUCGAAGCGGCCUUGGGCGGUGAGUGGAAAUGCGGAGCGGGGAAGGUCGAUUGGGUGUCGUAUCGGCCAGGGAGUAUCUCUACUGAUGCUGCGAACCCCUCUCUGCCCUCUAGAGCCUAUCUCCGAGUCACCGAUAAGGCACAUAUCUUCGCCUUAAACCAACAUGUCAAGGAGACACAAUUCGUCGACUCGAAGAACACUACGCGCGACCCCGCCCUUAUCGGACCACCCGUCCUCGAAAUCGCGUUGCUGCAGAAAGUCCCAUCCGGCAAGCGCAAGGUCGACCAACGCCAAGGCCUAAUCGAUCAAGAUCCGGACUUCAAGGCCUUCCUGGAGAGCCUCACCAACCCCAUCACAAAACCCGCGCCCAUCGACGCCGUGGGCGAGGCGUCCACAUCCAAAUCCGCCGAGAAAGUCACCAUCACGCCGCUGAUUCAACAUCUGCGUGACAAGAAGGCCGCCCAGGAAGCCGCCAAGGAAGCCGCCAAGUCCAAGAAAGGAGGGAAGCACGCGCAGCAGGACGCAAAGGCCGAUAAGGCGGCCGACAAGAAGGCGGCGAAGGCGUCGAAGGAGGUGGCUGCGUCACCCAGCAGGUCCAAACGCGGAGCGAAAGCCGAUAAAACGCCGGUGAGAGUCCUCACCAAGGAAUCUCCGGCAUCAUCGAAAGCCGCCGCCGCCGCGGCUACCCAGGCACAAGGCGGAGCCACUACGGUUCCGACCGGCCCAUCCGCCGAACGAAGAAGGGAGCGCGGAAAUGCAAGCCUCGCAGCGAAGAUCGUACAGCGUGAUCUGGGCGUGCUACCGAGCCGGGGACCGCGCGGAAAAGGCGUCGUGCCAGCUCCCAGCACCCCCGGGAGCCGUGAACCGGCUGCGAAGGCCGACAGCGAGGCGUCUCCGCGCCCAGCAGCGCUUUUAGAUGGCUCUUCAGCCUCGGCAGCGACCCCAGGCAGGGCGGCGGCAGGAUCGGCAAAGGAGACCGGGAGACCAGCUAAAGGUCCACGCACGCGGGGUCCUCGAGGUGCGGCAAAGGCGGCCGCGAAUGCCAACGCGACGAUCGUCGAUAAACCCAACAAUAUCGGCUCGACCGCACAACCCCUAACCACGCCAUCUACCAAGCAUUCCGCCGCACAAUCCGCGCAACCCUCGCCCACGAUCCUCAAAAAGACACCCACCCCCACUCCCGCCGCUCAACCAACCCCACCCCCAUCCACUCCAUCGACCGCACCCUCCACCUCCCGCAAAUCCACCGCACCCCCACCCCUGACCACCACUACCAUCACCCACGCCUUCCUCAAACACGCCAACCCCUCUCAAGGCAUCACCACCGACCUCCUCACCACCGCCCUCGCCGCCCACGGCCCCGUCGUCAGCUGCGAAAUCGACCGCAAGAAAGGCUACGCGUAUGCGGAGUUUGCGACGAGCGAGGGGUUGAUGGCCGCGGUGGCGGCGAGUCCGGUGAAGGUGGCGGAGGGGGCGGUGGAGGUGUUGGUGAGGAGGGAGAAGGGGGGAAAGGGGACGGUGGGGGGUGGCGGAGGGGCGGGACAGGGGGGGAGAGGGGGACAUGGGGGGAGAGGUGGACGGGGGAGAGGGAGGUGGGGAGGGGGGAAGGGAGGGGGAGCGGGGGAUGGCGGUGCCGCUCCGGUGAGUGCGGCUGGGAGAGCUGCUGGAGCGCCGCCUUGA